UUCAGGAACGAGGUAGAAAUAGAAAAUUACUCUUUAUUGUACUCCUGGCACCCGUACCGCACUUGAGAUUCAAACGCUGUGUUCUUGAAGUGGUUAAGGGCAGGGCACUCUCUGCAUCUUCCUGUACUGUAUCAAGACGCAAUCAACGCAAUGGAUUGGGCUUUUGUGCAUAAAACCUGGGAUAAGUGGGCUUCUACGAACAUUGGUUAUUCUGGUCAUCCGUUAAAAGCUGCUUUGCUUAUUAAUUAUGACCCGACUGGACCAUCUCGAUUAUUAUCUACCAUUGCUGAGCAAGAAGGGAUGAGAGCCAAUCCCAUUGAAUUGAGUCACUUUGUGGACUUCAUCAAACAAAAUAAACUCCAGACAGAGCUCUUCAUUAUUGGGUCCAAUCAGUACUUGAUCACGUCAAUUCAUGAGAACUGGUUUAGUGCAAGGUGUAUAAACACAUCAAAGCCUGCUGGUGAAGGUGCUAUUGUUAUACAAACAGCAGCUUAUAUCUUGGUUGCUAUGUACGAAGGUUCCAUUGGUCCAGCAUCUAGGGCUAUGGCAGCUGCUGAUCAGUUAACUUGGCAAUUAGGGCGAAAAAAUCUUUAAAUUAAUCCUUCAGAUCUGUAGCAUGCACUUACCAAAGGGAUAAUUUUUCUGUUUUCACUCCGAUUUUUGUUUAGAUGGUUGCCGCUAAGUAUCUUGGUGGUAGAAUCAUUACAGGUCCUGCCAUUAUGUAUGAUAUACGUUUUGAAAUAGAUGAGUUGAUAGAUCUGCUUUCGAUCUUUGUUAAA